AUGAUAGAUAUUAUCAAUGCAGCAAGUACAGCUAAUAUUCAUCAAUUGAUCGACCAAUUGCCUCAAGGCUAUGAAACAAAAGUAGGGUUAAAAGGAAGUUUUCUGUCAGGCGAUGAAAAGCAACGAAUUGCUAUUGCUCGAGCUCGUAUUCAUCGACCUAAAGUAUUGCCCCUAAAUGAAGCUACAAGUUCCAUGGAUUCAUAUAAUGAACAACUUCUACAAGUAGCUCUUGAACAAGCUCAAACAGAAGAUUUUAGUCGAACAUUACUCAUUAUUGCUCAUCGUCUUUCAACUAUUCGUUCAUGUGAUUUGAUUUGUGUACUUGAUAGAGGACAUAUAAUGGAAAGUGGUAUUCAUACAGAAAUGACACGCGAACGUGGAGUUUAUUAUUAA